GAUGAGACCGGCGACUGAGCAAGCCCCUGCCGCCGCCUUCGCUGUCGCCCUCCCAGUUGCUGCCGUCGGUCGGGACCAGUCCCCGCCUUGCGCCUUCUGCCGCCGGGUCCAGAUCGGGUCCCGGCUUUGGGCGCCCCGGGGCUCGCCCCGCGCCUGCCGCCGCCCGCGCGCCGACUGCCCGCCGCGUCCUCCUGACAGCUGCGGCGGCGGCGAUGAUGCAGAGGAGGAGGGUGCUGCCGGCGGCGGUGCUGAUGGUGGCGGUCGGCGCCCGGGUGUGAUGAGAGCGUCAUGGUGGAGACGCUGGCUUCGAGGCGGUGAGAGAGCGAAGGAGGGCGAGAGCCAGCCAAGGGCGGAAGACAGAACAGUUCCGAGCGCGACCGCUUUCUUUCCUCUCUCGCUUUCCCCCCACUGUAUUUUGCCCGUGGUUUGCAUAUUUAAAAUCUCCGGACUCCAUCCUCUCCCUACCCACGAAGUCUCCCCGUUUCUAAAUGGAAUUAGUGGAGAUCGGAGCCUCUGGUGUAACGCACAGACAUGAUCUAUGGACGCAGUUUGUUUCACAUUAUAGCAAGUUUAAUCAUCCUCCAUUCCUCUGGAGCAACCAAGAAAGGAACAGAAAAACAAAUCACUUCGGAAACACAGAAGUCAGUGCAGUGUGGAACUUGGACCAAGCAUGCAGAGGGGGGUGUCUUUACCUCUCCCAAUUAUCCCAGCAAGUACCCCCCUGACCGAGAGUGUGUCUACAUCAUAGAAGCUGCCCCAAGGCAGUGCAUUGAACUCUACUUUGAUGAAAAAUAUUCAAUUGAACCAUCUUGGGAGUGCAAAUUUGAUCAUAUUGAAGUUCGAGAUGGACCUUUUGGCUUUUCUCCAAUAAUCGGAAGGUUUUGUGGACAACAGAAUCCACCUGUAAUAAAAUCCAGUGGAAGAUUUCUGUGGAUUAAAUUUUUUGCUGAUGGCGAGCUGGAGUCUAUGGGAUUUUCAGCACGAUAUAAUUUUACACCUGAUCCUGACUUUAAGGACCUUGGAGUUUUGAAACCAUUGCCAGCCUGUGAGUUUGAGAUGGGCGGUCCUGAAGGAAUUGUGGAGUCCAUACAGAUUUUGAAGGAAGGCAAAGCUUCGGCCAGUGAAGCCGUGGAUUGCAAGUGGUACAUCCGAGCCCCGCCACGAUCUAAGAUUUACUUGCGUUUCCUGGACUAUGAGAUGCAGAAUUCAAAUGAAUGCAAGAGGAACUUUGUGGCUGUGUAUGAUGGGAGCAGCUCGGUGGAGGACUUGAAGGCCAAGUUCUGUAGCACGGUGGCCAACGACGUGAUGCUGCGCACCGGCCUGGGGGUGAUCCGCAUGUGGGCAGAUGAGGGCAGUCGCAACAGCAGGUUUCAGAUGCUCUUCACAUCCUUUCAAGAACCUCCCUGUGAAGGCAACACGUUCUUCUGCCACAGCAACAUGUGUAUCAACAACACGCUCGUCUGCAAUGGGCUCCAGAACUGUGUGUAUCCCUGGGAUGAAAAUCACUGUAAAGAAAAGAGGAAAACCAGCCUGCUGGAUCAGCUGACCAACACCAGUGGGACGGUCAUUGGCGUGACUUCCUGCAUUGUGAUCAUCCUUAUUAUCAUUUCUGUCAUUGUACAGAUCAAACAGCCUCGUAAAAAAUACGUCCAAAGGAAGUCAGACUUUGACCAGACCGUUUUCCAGGAGGUGUUUGAGCCUCCUCACUAUGAGUUAUGCACGCUCAGAGGAACCGGAGCAACGGCUGACUUUCCAGAUGACUUUGAGAGUUACCAUAAACUGCGGAGAUCAUCUUCCAAAUGCAUUCAUGACCAUCACUGUGGAUCCCAACUGUCCAGCGCAAAAGGCAGCCGCAGUAACCUCAGCACAAGGGACGCUUCCAUCUUGGCAGAGAUACCGACCCAGCCAGUCAAGCCCCUCAUCCCACCCGUGAACAGAAGGAAUAUCCUGGUCAUGAAACACAACUACUCCCAAGAUGCUGCAGAUGCCUGUGACAUCGAUGAGAUUGAGGAGGUGCCCACCACAAGCCACAGGCUAUCCAGACAUGAGAAAUCCGUCCAGCGGUUCUGCCUCAUUGGGUCUCUAAGCAAACACGAAUCUGAGUACAACACAACUAGGGUCUAAAACGAAAACUCAAGCUAAUUUCCUCAAAACUCUUCAAGCCUAUCAACUGUUCUUGAAUUAGGAGAACGCAUCCCAUGCUCUGUAUGACCUUAAUAAGCUGGUGUGUUUGUUGCAUCUUUUUCAUUGGGAAAAAAUGUUUUAACUGUGCUUUAUUUUCAGAGAACUAUUUAUACACACAUGGGGACUGUGGAAAGAGAAUUCUGUAGUGAAUUGUGAAAAGUGGACAUAUUUCUAAAUUCAUUCCACUGCCUUUACCCAAACUUAAGAGUUACAGACAUGUGUUAUUCCUUCGGCAAGACAUCCCUGCUGCUGCACAAUGAUGUGUCCAUUUCCUAAUUUGGUUGCUGAUCACCAAGUGCUCCUUAGGUUUUAAAUACAUUCUAAGAUGUACGGAAACUUGAAGAAGAGAUUGGUUCCUGGUUAAGACUUCCCCAGCUUCACUUUAACUGUCCCCUCCACUCUCAUUUACGUGUUGUUCACGUCUUUGUUACAUGAUUGUACCGUGUGAUCUGUGAAAAAACAAACACAAAAACCACGACUUUGGGUGAACCUUGUGUUACAUGUACAUUGUUUUCAUUAUAUAGACUGCUUGAGAAUAGUGCGUUCCUGCGUGAUUUUGAACAUGCUGCAAUGAAAAAAAUGGAAAUGUGGAUCAUGGAAACACCAGCUAGAGGUUCAAUGGACUGUACACACCUGUUGUUUCCUUUUAAUUAAAUGCAGUAAAAAAAUAAUGAGUAAAAUCUAGAUUGCAAUAAGACAAAUAUCUUCCCCCUUCUUCCUCUGUGUUUCUCUCUCUCUCCCCCUUAUCAUUUCUAUGUACCCCUGGUUUCCUUUUUGUUUUUAUCAAGGGAAGAUACCGAGUUUCAUAAAUGCCUUCUUGAAAUCAGGUAUUUUACCAUUCACACCCUACAGCAGAAUUUUGUUUGAUUAAGCACUUAGUAAUAUGACUGAAUUGACAGUUUGAGAAAAUACCCUGCAUGUCAGUACUGGAUAUUUAGGUUGGAAAAAAUGCCCUCUUUAUUAGACACAUUGUAAAAAGCAUGCAUUCUCAAAUAUUGCUGUUACUCUUCCAUUUCUUUGUGUCAUAUGCUUGCUACUUGUAACUUUUAUAUAAAUAUAUAUAUAAAAUGUAUAAUAAUUUCCUAAUUUGAGUUAAGAGAAAUCCUUUCUUCUGUUGUGAAAAAAAGCAGAGUUACAUGAGCACAUGAUUUAUUAAUAUCAACUCUUCCCACACUCUAGAUUACAGGAUGUCAUUUAAUAUUGAGGCUUCCCUAAAUAUUUGAUUUCUAACAUCUUAUAAAUUUGUUUGCCUUUUAUAUUAAGAGUCUUCCUAAGUCAAUCGUUCAGAAUCACAGACCAUUUUAUGAUUACACUUCACCAUUACCCAUACACACAUGAGCCUUGAUGCUUAGUGGUUAUGAUAAGUUUUAUACAAAAAAUCUAGAACUAAUAGUACACAUAAGUUCUGUGGAAUUAUAUACACCCCCAUAAACACUGAAUGGAUAUUGUUUCAAAUAAAGUAUUCAAAACCUGAUUUUGAAAACUACAAUUACAGUAAAUUUGCUUUCUCUUUUCAAAAUAAUGAGUUUCUCAAGAAUAAAAUAAUUGAGACCUUCAAAUAGCAAAAAAAUUUGAUCAACUACAAUUUCUGCCAGCAGCUGGAGCAGGCUUUAAAGUCUAAAUGGAUAUUCCUUCUCAUAUGUCCCUAUCAGGAGGCCAAUAUCUUAUGUGUUAAAAUAUAAAUGAAAGAAAAAUAUCAAGUAAGUGGAGAUAAAGAAAAUUGUGAUAGAAAAACUAAAGGACUACAGCAAUUCUUGAAUAUUGGAAUCAUGAUCAACUUGCCUUGUGGAUUACUUGCUGCACAAGGACAUAUAUGCCAGGUGGGUUUGGUAGUCUACCUGUAAUACUGUCUCUCUGAAGACAGAGAAGAGUGUUCCCAGGGAAAACAGUCUAACUCAGUGGUUCUCAACCUGUGUAUCACGUCUCUUCUGAGGGUCAAACAACCUUUUCACAGAGGUAGCCUAAUACCAUUUGAAAACACAGAUAUUUACAUCACAAUUCAUAACCUUAGCAAAAUUACAGUUAUGAAGUAGCAACAAAAAUAAUUUUAUGGUUGAGGGUCACCACAACAUGAGGAACGAUAUUAAAGGAUCACAGAGUUGGGAACGGUGAGAAACACUAGUUUAACUAAAUGAGCUGAAUAGGACAGGUCUGGGUUCAGCAAGAGACCUUUUCCUACUAAACACAGUUAAGAAGACUAAGUGAGAACGAUACUCACUGUCAACAUCUGGUCUCCACACACAUGAACACAAUACAUACC